UUGAACAGAGCCCUGUGUUUGGCGGGAGUGACUUCAGACAACGACUAACCGUCACCAUGGAGUUCUCUAGCAACAGAAGAAAGAAGUUCAUCUCAAGCCAUCAGGCUGAGAUAUAUGGUCAUCCUCUGCAGUUCUACGGGCAGCCUCCUCUUGAAAACAUCUCCCUCAUGGAAUUUGAGACAUUUGCUGUGGACCGACUGAAAUUGUUGAAGACCAUUGAGAAUUUGGGAGUGAGCUACUUGAAGGGGUCUGAUGACUACAAAAAGAAACUGAACAAUGAGUCUAAAAACCUGAACUUUCCUUACAGACUAGAGGCUGAUGACAGAAAACCCCAGAUUGGACUAAGUGAACAUGAGAAAAGAAGAAAGGAUCAUAUCUCCCACUUCAUUCUCAGGCUCGCCUAUUGCCAAACGGAAGAUCUCAGGCGCUGGUUCAUACAGCAGGAAGUAGAUCUUUUCCGCUACCGCUUCAAUGAGCUGAUUGCAAAACAAAAGCUGGAAUUUAUGCACAGGAAUAAUCUGCAAUAUGACACAAUUAGUGUCGCGGAGAAGAAGACUCUGCAGGAGAAACUCAUCAACUCCAGUUAUGCCGUCAGUGGGAUCACUGUUGAGGAACAGGACUUCUACAAAGUUCCAUUUCAAGAUGCACUGGAUCUAGUGCGAUCGAGGAGAGUGUACCUGAAAGCCGGCUAUGCGUACAUCCCUCACCAGGACAUCGUCGCCAUUGUUCUCAAUGAUUUUCGCACCAGGAUUUCCAAAGCUCUCGCACUGACAGCCCGCUCGCUACCAGCAGUGCAUUCUGAUGAACGGCUUCAACCUCUCCUUAACCAUCUCAGUCAUGCCUAUGUGGGACAGGAUUACAGCAUCCAGAAGAAUGUCGGCAAAAUCUCCUUGGAACAAAUUGAUUCACUUUCGGUGAAGUCUUUCCCGCUGUGUAAGAGGCAGCUCCACCAGGCCCUGAAGGAGAACCACCACCUACGUCAUGGAGGCCGUAUGCAGUACGGCCUCUUCCUCAAAGGCAUCGGCCUCUCUCUGGAGCAGGCGCUGCAGUUCUGGAGGUCGGAGUUCAUCAGAGGCAAAGUGGAUGCAGACAAGUUUGACAAACAAUAUACCUACGGCAUCCGCCACAUGUAUGGCAAAGAAGGCAAGCGAGCAGACUACACCCCCUACAGUUGCAUGAAGGUGAUUUUGUCAAACCUACCCAGCCAAGGCGACCAUCACGGAUGUCCGUUUCGUCACAGUGACCAAGAGCUGCUGAAGCAGAAGCUUCAGUCCUACAAAGUGUCUCCCAGUGGAAUUAAUCAGAUCCUGGAGCUGGUUAAAGGAAUGCAUUAUCAGCUGGCGUGCCAGAAGUACUUCGAGCUGACGCACAAUAUCGAGGAAGCCAAUUUUUCGCUCAACCACCCCAACCAGUACUUCAUAGAGAGCCAGAGAGUUAUAGUAGGAGGCAAAGACAUAAAGCGAGAGGUGGGGACGUCGCAGAGGUCGCAGGAGAACUCUGCCAUCAAAGGAUCCACGGGGGCACCAGAGCCGGCGGCAAAGGCCCCCCAGGAUUUGGCCGAGAUGACAGAGGAUCUGGACUCUUUCUUUCAAGACGCCUGAUCUUUGAAUUUCCUUUUUUUAUACAUGUUUGCCUUUUUGUCUUUUUUAUGAGGGCUGAACGUCGAGGGAGUGGAAUCUGUAUUUGACAUGUAAAAUAUUAAAGUUGCCUUUCAGUUAUCUUUGAAUGAUUUAAGUUCACUUCAAACACAGCGGGGUUUGAGCUAACCUCCGAUCUCAGUGUCGCGCAAAAAAUGACUUUUCUAUCCAACAAACUUCCUUGUUAAUGUUUGCGGUGACGCUACAUUCACUUUGCAGUUGAACCCAUGCGUUAAAAAGUCUCUGUUUUUUUUCACUCUGGUCUCAGUGCACUGUGUUUUGGCAGGGACGUGCAUUUUGUGGGUGAUGACUAGAACAUUUCCCAGCUGUCUCAGAAACAAUGUCAUUGUAUUUGCUGGCAGGAGCACGGAUGAAUGGUGGCAGGAGGA